GCCGUUGCUAUAACAAUAGGGGAGGAGAGACAGCCAAGUGGGGGUGGAGACCCAGGCUUAUUAUAAAAUCCUUUAGAAGGACACAUUUGCUUCCUGUAUGUUUAUUAUUUUAUUUUUAUCUGUCAUGCUCCUGUCAGAAGGUGUCUCAUGAGCAGAAGUAGGAGGGAACGGCGAGAGAGACAUUAGUCAGUAGGGAAGGUAGGAGAAACGUCUGCGCCUGCAGCAUGCACACACGCACGCUGCAGAAUAAAUAAGACACCUCCAGUGUUGGAUUAUCUGUGUGGCGGUGCGCUGACCGCCUCAAACCUGGAGGCCGCCCAACCUACUCUUUAUCUUCCCUUUCAUAGUGAAAGAAGAGAGACGGACUCGUGUUUACCUCCUGCAGACUUCAGCUUCUCCUGACUUCUGGUCCAGCGAGAUGAACAAGAUGAAGAACUUCAAGAGACGUUUUUCACUUUCUGUGCCACGAACGGAGACUAUAGAGGAGAACGAGUUCACAGAGCAGAUCAACCAACUCAACAUCCGCUGCAAUGACGGCGUGAUGCCAAAUAACCUGGGUUUACACAGUCUGCAACCCAGUCCAGUGGCACCGGAAAACCCGGCCCAGUCUCCUACACAACUGCAGUACCGUAACAAAGUCCCGCAUCGCCGAUUCUCCAUGGAGGAUGUGACUAAGAGGAUGUCUCUGCCCAUGGAUAUUCGUCUUCCACCGGAGUUUCUGAAGAAGUUACAGAUGGAAAGCUCUCCACCCUGCAAACCUCUUAGCCGCAUGUCCAGACGAGCUUCAUUGUCGGAUAUUGGCUUUGGAAAACUGGAGACUUAUGUGAAGCUGGGCAAACUAGGAGAGGGCACAUACGCGACGGUAUUCAAAGGUCGCAGCAAGCUCACAGAAAACCUGGUGGCCCUGAAAGAAAUUCGUCUGGAGCACGAGGAGGGGGCGCCGUGCACAGCUAUACGGGAAGUGUCACUCCUGAAGAACUUAAAACACGCCAACAUCGUAACGCUGCAUGACAUCAUCCACACAAACCGAUGCCUCACACUGGUCUUUGAGUAUUUGGACAGUGAUUUGAAGCAGUACCUCGACAACUGUGGAAACCUAAUGAGCAUGCACAACGUGAAGAUAUUUAUGUUCCAGCUUCUCCGUGGUUUAUCGUAUUGUCAUAAGAGGAAAAUCCUCCAUCGGGACCUGAAGCCUCAGAAUUUGCUCAUAAAUGACAAGGGAGAAUUAAAACUAGCAGAUUUUGGUUUGGCCAGAGCGAAAUCAGUCCCUACAAAAACAUAUUCGAACGAGGUUGUGACCUUGUGGUAUCGACCACCUGAUGUCUUGUUGGGUUCGACGGAGUACUCCACACCAAUAGACAUGUGGGGUGUAGGAUGUAUCCUCUAUGAAAUGGCCACAGGACGUCCCAUGUUUCCUGGAUCAACGAUUAAGGAGGAACUACACCUGAUAUUUCGACUCAUGGGCACUCCAACUGAGGAGACCUGGCCGGGAAUUUCAACCAAUGAGGAAUUCAAAUCGUACCUGUUUCCUCAGUACAGAGCACAAGCGCUCAUAAAUCAUGUGCCCAGACUUGACACAGAAGGUAUAGAUCUUCUAACAGCUCUACUGCUGUAUGACACCAAACUUAGGAUUUCUGCCGAGGCAUCAUUGAGACAUCCUUACUUUAUGAGUCUGGGAGAAAACAUCCACACCAUUCCAGACACCUCAUCAGUGUUUUCCCUCAGAGAGCUCCAAUUACAGAAGGAUCCAGGACACAGGAGCUCAGUGUUCCAGCCUCCAGGUCGAGGCAAGAACCGCAGACAAAGUAUAUUCUGAGGGGGAAAAGUGUGAAGAGAUCACAUCACCAGAACAAACACCCACAUGAACUAUUUAUUUCCCCCUUCCUAAAUAUAAAUAUGUGCAUGCACAGGUUCAUACACACCCCAAAAUAGUGUGCUGCAGUCUCAUAUUUUGAUUUGAAACCGGAAUCAUCUCAUCUGAUCAAAAUGACCAAGUAACCAAGUUAACUGUUUCUCCAAACACUACUGAAGCUCCACUGCGGUCUCUUUAAGACCUAAUACGUUCUUGAAUCUCAGGCCGUGGAACGACUGUAAAUGGGCCUGGAUGCUGACUGCGAUUGGUCCAACAAAGAGAUCCAAGUUGAAAUCAGACUUUAUUUCAUUUGGAUCUACAGUAGUACUUCAGGUGCUCAUAUAUAUAAGAUGUAUUAGUCUGAAGCGUGUGUGCGUGCAAGAAACAUUGUUUUGUGUCCUACUUUUUCCAUUGCUUAAGUGAAUAGUUUUGUGUUGACUUGUUUUGCCUUAUGUGUUUGAGUCAUGGUAGCUCAUUUAAUAAAUAUUUAUUUACCACUAUAAUAUUUGAAAGGGUUGAAGCAUUAAAAAAAAAAUGAAAAUUUCAUCAUAAAUAUUUGAGCCAUUUAGUAGGUAACCCUUCUUGAGAAGUACUUGAAUUCAUAUACCAUUGAACUUUGGAUAUUAAAGAUGUUGGAAGUGAUUCGUCUGUUUGACUAACCUACACCAAAUUUAGGUCUGGUUUUGCAGUCAAGAUUUAGAUUAAGCCAGAAUUAGCCUUAGUUAAGUUAAGAUAUUUAAGUAGCUUUUAUUAAUGUGUGUGUAGGGUUGCAAAAUUCCAGGAAUUUUCAAUGCUGGAAACUUUCCAUGGAAAUAUAUGGGAAUUCUCCAAAAUUUGUUUUACCUUGCAUUCAUGUCUGGUUAUGACGAAACAAAAUGUUUAUUUAUGUUCGUAUAUGAUAUAUUUUAUAUAAAUGUCCCCAAAUUUCCUAAUAAUUCCCAUUAAAGGGACACUCCACUUUUUUGGAAAAUUUCUCAUUUUCCAGCUCCCCUAGAGUAAAAUAUUUGAUUGUUACCGUUUUGAAAUCCAUUCAGCCGAUCUCCGGGUAUGGCGGUACCACUUUUAGCAUAGCUUUAGCAUAAUUCAUUGCAUCUGAUUAGACCAUUAGCAUGGAGCUCAAAAAUGACACAAUGAUAUUAUACAGAAGGGGCACUGCGUGAUAUUAUUGCGCCUCCUGCUAUGUUACGGCAGCAAAGUCCUUCAUUAUUAGCCAGAAUGAGAGUAUAGUAACAUGGAAACUCUUAAGUUAUUUUUGAGCGCGAUGCUAAUGGUCUAAUCAGAUUCAAUGGAUUGUGCUAAGCUAUGCUAAAAGUGGUAGCGCCAGACCCAGAGAUCGGCUAAAAGAAUUCCUAAACGGUAAAAAUCAAAUGUUUAACUCUAGGGGAGCUGGAAAAUGUGUAUAUUUUCAAAAAAAAAAUGGAGUGUCCCUUUAAUUUCCCAUGGAAAUUUUCCGGAAAUUUACCAGUCUUUCCACCCCUUUUCAA